UUUCAUGCUGAGAAGCAAGAGAAACAAUGGAGAAAGUGAGAUUUAUGCUUCUCUUGGCUAUAACAUUGUGUUGGGCCACAUUGGCUAAUAGUGUAUCUAGAGAAUCAAUGAACAGAAAGGCUUCAGAGGAUGAUGAUGAUGUUGAUAGGAGACUCAAGCUUCUCAAUAAGCCUGCAGUAAAGAGUAUUCAGAGUGCAGAUGGAGAUAUCAUCGACUGCGUUGAUAUACACAGACAACCAGCAUUCGACCAUCCUGCAUUGAAGAACCAUGUCAUUCAGAUGGAACCCAGCAUUAAAUUGCCUUCAGAAAACAAAGCAACAAAAAAUGAGUCCUCAAGACCAGUGCUACUAUCUCAGACUUGGCAAAAGAGUGGAAGUUGUCCCAAGGGAACUAUUCCCAUCCGACGAAUCCGGCGGCAAGACUUGUUGAGAGCUUCUAGUCCUGAGCAAUUUGGGAAAAUGCAUCAUCCUCAUUCACAGGACCACGUGGAAAAUUCAACCCUUAAUGAAAACCUUGGCCAGCAAGCAAUCCUUUUGACAGUGGGGUACAACUACAUAGGAGCUUCAGCCGAUAUAAAUGUCUGGAAUCCAAACCUUGAUUUGCCAGAUGACUUCACUACAGCCCAGAUAUGGCUUCUGGGUGGCCCUGGCGAUAAGUACGAAAGUGUUGAAUCAGGAUGGAUGGUGAACCCAAAGUUAUAUGGAGAUAAGCGAACUCGUCUUUUCACGCAUUGGACCGCUGAUGGAAACGUUGCCACAGGCUGCUUCGAUUUGACCUGUUCUGGGUUCGUUCAAACUAAUCACGAGGUGGCCCUCGGCUCUGCUCUGAGUCCGAUAUCUUCUGAAUGGGCACAAUAUCAGAUAUCAGUCGGCAUCUUCCUGGAUCCACAGACUUCCAACUGGUGGCUACGCCUCACGAACAACCUGGUCGUUGGGUAUUUUCCCGCAUCCCUUUUCUUCUACUUGAAGCGCAGCGCCAUAAUGGUCAAUUGGGGAGGUCAAGUGCACAGUACGAUGGUGAAGAAGGCUCCUCACACCAGAACUGGCAUGGGAAGUGGGGAGUACUCUGAGAAACUCUAUGGCCAUGCCUGCUACAUCAACCAUGUUAGGAUUGUGGACUUCUCACUUGCACUCAAGUACCCUGAAUGGGUUGGGGUUUAUAACGAUGAAGCGUAUUGUUACAAUGGAGACAACCACAGAGACGGGUACAUUGGUGAGCCCGUGUUCUACUUCGGCGGUCCAGGCCAAAAUAAUUUCUGCCCUUGA